AAUCUCUAGCUUAUCCCGCUGCAACUCCUCUCUUAUAUAGAUGAAGAUUUGUGGGCGACGAACUCAAUCCUUCACUCCCUUGACCUCUACUCUCAUGAAUUGCUACAUCAACAUCCCCUCAAAACCCCUUUUUGAUUUUUCAAGAAAGCCCUCUAAUCCUCAACUCCUUUUCGCCGCGAAGAGGAGAUGGAAUCGUUAUGAUGUCUUAUUUCGUGGAAUUCGACGGAAGAAUCUGGGUUCUUGGAAAAUGAGGAAUCAAACUUUUGUAUUUUCAGCUUCUGAGGUGGGAAAUGGCAACGCUGACAUUGUGAAGAAAAGGAAAGUAGUGGAACAUGUAUGUCUGCUUAAAGCAAGAGAGGAUAUGUCUGAUGAGGUGGAGAAGGAUAUGCUUGAUUAUCUUUACACUACCCAAUAUCAAAUGCGUGGUAUUGUUGCCAUAUCAUUAGGACGCAUCUCUGAUCAAGAGCUUGGAAAAUACACCCAUGCUGUUUACAUACGUUUCCAGAAAAACGAGGAUCUUAGUAAGUUCUACGAGAACCCAUUCUACGUCGGAGUUCUUAAAGACCGUGUAUUUCCUUACUGCCAUGACAUAGUCAAUGUGGAUUAUGAAUCUGAAGUAGAAGAUGACAUCAUGCCAAUUUUCCGAAAAGGAGAGGAGUUCAACUAUGGUGUGGAGUUUGUGCUUCUUAUAGCAUUUGACAAGAACUCAUUGGGCGGACCUGCUGAAGAUGCAAUGGCUGCUUUGGCAGAAUUGACUGCAGCAUUUCCGUCACUAAUCGUUCAAGCUACUAAAGGUUCUAACUUUAAUCUUAACAAUGUGGAAUAUACUCAUGGAGCAGUUAUACGAUUUCGAUCAUCUGAGGCUUGCGAGACAUUCUUGAAGAGUUCACAGUACAAUGACCAGGUAUGGGGAUCCAAAAUUCAGCCCAUCUCUGAAAAGGUCAUCUCUGUUCAUUAUUCGGUGGAUCCAGUGGGCACAGAGCUUAUGUAACAACUAACUAAGGUUUCAAGGACGGAAUGCGAUAAUGCUGUUGAUUUGUUUGUGUCGAGAGGCAAGCGGGCAGGUUGCUGGUUAAACGUCCACUCAUUUUUUUCGUUGAUUUUUUUUUUUUAUUUUGUUUUUAUUGUCAUACUCUCAGGUUCUGUCUUCAGAUUUCUCAUUUAUAGUUGUUAUAUUCAACUCUGUAUAGAAUAGUUACUUACAACAUAAAUAAAACACGAGGAAACUUGUACAACUCUACCAAGUUUCCCAUCCCUUGUAUGGA